AUGUCUCCCCAAUUCAGACCUGAACGGGCUGCGGUCGUGAGGUUACGUACAAGCUCUAUCCCCAGCUACAUCCAAACUAUUGUUGGCAAACCAUCGCCCAUCUCUGAUGACAUCGAGGAGUUUCGUGGCAUACCGUAUGCCCAUGUGCCGGGAAGAUGGGAGCACUCGCGCCUGAGAGAUCGUUUACCGCGUGAUGUAUUUGACGCUACAGAGAACGGCCCGCGAUGCCCUACGCAACGCAAGGGAAACUCACAACCGUUUCAAUCAUACUUACCGUACCCGAACGACCGCGAGGAUGAGUUUGAAUGUUUGAACCUUCUCAUCGUGCGCCCGAGCAAGGAAGCACUUGCAAAGCACAAUCUUGAUACCGAGACGACCCAGCUGCCUGUGCUUGUUUGGAUCCACGGUGGAGGCUUUACAGACGGCGCAGCCACGGAUCCAGUAUGGGAUCCCGGCCAUAUUAUCCUUCGUGGACUCUCAAAGGGAACGCCUUUUAUUGCGGUAUCCAUCAACUAUCGUCUCAACAUUUUUGGGUUCGGUGCUUCAUCCGACAUGCUUGCGGCCCAGGGCAGUCAUGCCUCUCUCAAGGGCGUGAAUUUCGGUCUCUACGAUCAGAAGCUUGCUUUGAUCUGGGUAAAGCGCAGCAUUGCUGCAUUUGGAGGAGAUGACACAAAGAUUACAAUCAUGGGCAAUUCCGCUGGUGGAAUUUCAUGCCACCUUCACCUUCUCGAGGCGGAAUUAGGCACAAAGAAACCGCUAUUCCGUAGGGCUGGUUUGAUGUCAGGGGCGUGUGGGGGUCUCGAUUUGACAUCGCUGGAAAAAGCAGACGAGCGCUGGGCAGACCUGUACCGAUUGUGGUCAGUCCAAGCCCACAACCCGAUCGAUCGACUCAACAUGUUGAGAAGAAUACCUGCCAAGGAUCUGCUUAGUAGCGUCUCAGAGCUUCACUGGGUGCUUUUCAUGUUGGUCAUGGACCAGUUGACUAUCAAGGAAAGCAACUUGGGCUGUGGUGUUUCCGUCCACCUUGGACAAGGCGGAUUGGACGACCAAAUCAAGUCGGCCGACGACAACAUUCAAAUCAUGUUGAGCGCAACGGACGACGAGUUCAGAGGCUUUGCCCAUAUUGCUAACUGGGAUUACCCCAAAUUUCACUCUCUUGUCGCGUCUAGCUAUCCCUCAGAGGCAGCAGCUGAGGAGGUUCUUGAAGCAUACGGUAUCCUGCAUACAUCAUCCGCUAAAGAACUUUUUGAGGCGUUCUCCCAGUUCAUAUCUGAUGCCACGAUGGUACAUAAAGUAUAUCGCGCAAGCGAGUUCUUCAAGGCUCAUCGUGGAAAGCAAGCUCUCCUCCAUGGUAAUAACCCCGAGCGCGUGGGUGUACAAUACUACCAUUUCGAAUUCGGCAAUCCCUUCUCCGGCCCCAUGCAAGGAAUUGCGCAUCACGGCGUUGAGUUGGUCUAUGCCUUUGGCACUUUCCACGACGCGUUGGAGAAGGCUGACCAGGGGAUUUUGGAGGGUUAUAUUGAACCCGAUCAAGAGCUUGCAGAAGUUACUGUUCCUGAACCCCCAUCGAAUACCGAAGCUGCGGAGUACCGCAAGUCCAACAUUGACUUGGGUUAUGAACUGCAGGACAAGUUGAUCCAAUUUGUUGUUGAGGAUUGUCGAGAGACCGACCAGCAUGCGAAUCCCGAUGAGAUAACGAGAUUUUGUCACCACCGAUCGGUCCGCAUGGAGAGUUGGUCCAGUAGCGAGAAAUGGGUGGCAAAGAGGAAGAAAUUUGAGCUUUUAGAUAAGGAUUUGGAUUCUUUAAUAACUGCCACAAAGAGACUUGUAGGGAGCGUUAUAGGUAUGGCACUGUGGUGA